UUAUAAUGAAACUUAAGCCGGGCUGGAGAGGUACAUUUUGCCUCGCUGUAUUGCAUGUGAGGCCGUUUUGGCUCCAUUCCUUCUACGGGAUGAGAGAGAAGCAAAGAUUUCGAUAGAAGCAGAGCAUGAGAUGAGAUCAGAGUGAGUGUAUUCAUGAGUGAGACACCCCCCCUUCUCUCUCUGUUCCUAAAUCUAUGUGGUAUAGUGUUGUAGUCUCACUCACUGUCCUUCGAGUCCAAGUUCACCAACAAAGCCUCCGUUGCCCAACUGGCAGUCUUAAUUUUUCAUGUGCACCGAGGAAAGCAGGGUGCUGGGAAGAAAGAAUGGCAUGGGCAUAAGGACAAAGCUAGUCUCCGGUUUGGUUCUCAUGCUCUUCAUUUCAUCUCUCUCCGCUUCUCUUCUCCCCCCUCUCCUUCCCACUGCUUCCCACCGCCACACCUACGUACACUGAGGGACACAUAAUAUAGAAACUGCAAAUACUGCUGGGUAGAGAUCAAAUACCGAUCAUGCUGGGGGAGGAGUUAGAUGUCAGCUCAGAGUGCAGCAGUGGAUGCCAAUCGGGUUGGACAGCUUACUUAGACCACUCCUCCUGUGGCUCCUCUCUGUCUCUAGAGUACAAGAAAGGUGAUGACUCCUUGGAGGAGGUGGAGGAAGAAGACUUGUCCAUGGUCUCCGAUGCAUCCUCUGGGCCUCCUCACUUUCUUGAACAGGAUGAGCUCUCCCUCCGCUGUAUCAACUCCCGCACUUGCUUGGAAGGAAAUGGCUUGGCCAAGUGUGGUAGUGCCAAGAAGAGGCGAGUUGAGCCAGAACAGCAAUGCCAGGAGCAUUACUCUUCUCUGUUGGAUGACACUGCCAGUUCACCUCUCCUCGGCCAACCCAAGGCCAUCUUAGCUGGCGAGGACAGCAGCAGCUGCAUGAAGACUCCCAUGGAAGGGGAUUUGGAGUUCUCUGGUGGCUUCUCAGCUACCCAUUUCAAGAGAAACAAUACGACAGAAAAGCAAAUGGGCUUCCUUCAAUCCACUUCUCUAGUGAAGCCAAUACCUGCAAGACCAAUGUCAAGGAAAGAAAGUGGAAAGAAGAUUUGAAGAGAUUGAUCCUAUAUCCCCUGCUCAGUAGAAGAAUCAGAAGGAUGAAUCUAAGAGAUCUCAAAGAGAUCUUGCUUAAUUUUUUUUUGUCGUCUCACUCUCCGUCUCCUCUCUGUUAUUUUUCUUGUGGCAUGUCAAUGUUGUUGGAAGCAAACAGUGGCAUGCCAACGUAGUUGGAAGCAAGCACCCUAAGCAACAGAGGAGGAAAAACAGAAAUAAACAGUCUUCUGUUUUCUUUAUUUUUUUUUUUUAACUUCGUUUUUUUUGUCAUGAAUGGAGGUAACCACAUGAGGCUCGGAGGUUUUGUACAGUUAUGGAUCCAUACUU